CCCUCGGAGGGUUUUUCCCUCUCUCUCCCUCCGUCUCUGAGAGCCACCGUUUGAACACGGCGAAAGGAGGAUUGUUGGUGGAAGAAGAAGAAGACAUGGCGGCACCAGAAGCUCCCCUCCGCUAUGUCGGUAUUGAGAGGCAGUCUGCUGCCUUUCGCCUCAUGAAGCAAAUGGGAUGGGAAGAAGGCGAAGGCCUUGGGAAAGACAAGCAAGGAAUUAAGGGAUAUGUCAGAGUUAAAAACAAGCAAGACACUACAGGUGUUGGUUUAGACAAAGCUAAUAACAAUUGGGCAUUUGAUACCGUGCAAUUUGACAACAUUCUUAAAAGAUUGAAAGUGCAAGUAGCUGAACCUGACCAUGCAGAUGUUGAGGAUAAUGAUGUUCAAGGAGGUGCAGAGAAUAAUGCUUCUAAGGAGGAGCAAGAUAUGGUAGUUAAACCUACUCGGCCACAGGGGAGAUACAAGAAAAGAGAGAGAGGGAAGCUUGUCAGUGCAUAUUCUUCGAAGGAUCUUGAGGGGAUUCUUGUCAAGAAGACUGAGGACUCAGAAGCAUAUCAUGAUCAACCUAGUCAGUUGGAGUUGACAGAGACUGAACAAUGUUCGUUUGGUCAUGAAGAUCCAGAUAUAAUAAACCAGCAGUUGCACAAGGAGAAGAAGAGAAAGAAGAAGAGGGAGAAGACGAUCGAAGGAGAAGACUCUGUCCUUGUAAAAACAGAAUCGAGAACCAUGGAUAAAGAUGUUUCACCAGAAUGGUGGGGUUUUAAACAUGGAUUUGUCUCAGGUGGUUUUCUUGGUGCACAACAUGCAAAAAAAAAGUCCUUAUCUGAAACUGCUCAAAGCUGUGAUAAGAGGACUGCAUUUUACGAAGAAGAUCAAGAGAAUCUUUACAAACUUGUCCAGGACAAAUCCACGACUGGAAAGCAAGGACUGGGCAUCAAGGAUCGUCCCAAAAAAAUUGCCGGCUGCCACUUCCAGGGAAAGAAGACAUCUUUUAGUGACAGUGAGGAAAGUGAGGAAGAUAGUUCUGCUAAUAUUAUGUGUUCCGUAAAACGAAAACACAGUGGCAUGCUAUAUACAGAUCUGAAUGAUGAGGGGCCGAAAGUGAAGGUGAAAAAGCUGUGCAGACAAAUUUUACAUCAGGUUCCGAGUGGAUCACUGAAGCUCAAACAACUCAAACUACUUAUUGAUGAACAUUCAUCUGGUUUUUUUUCCAAUUUCUCUUCGAGGCAGGAUGCCGUUUCAUACUUGAAGAAGAAGCUAGAAGGUAGUGAUAAGUUCCAUGUACUGGGGAAGAGAGUGAGUCUCACAUCAAAGGUCGUCUGAAAUUUUUGUCAGGGACUUCGACUGAAAAUUUUGUUAGGGACUUUGAGAAGUGUGACUGUUAUGUAUAUCGCUGCAUACAUCGAGCAAAAUGCAGUGAUUAUCAGUCACAUUAUUUAUUUGAUUUGGCUUAAGCAUAAGUUUUAUUGUGUUGUAACUUUUGGUCAUUGCAGUUGCCCAUGAAAAGAUCGAUGAUUCAUGUUGAAACGCUCAAUUGAUUGAUUCUAUAGGGGUCAAAAUAAAUCUAUAAAAAUUGGUGCAUCUCACCCUACUAUCACAUAUAUACAAUGAUACAUACAUGGCUUGGAUCUUUAUUUAUUUAUUUUGUUAAAGUAUAAUGUUCUUUCAUUAA